UGGGCGGACCCGGCCUGGAAACAAGAUUCCUUUGCACAGAUUUCAUGCUCUGACAGCCGGGCAUGAGAACUCCUGCAACAGUCUCAUACACUUCUGUUUCAGACCAUUAACUUGAAUAUUCACACAGAGCACAUCAGCACCCAGGGAUAUAUUUGCAAGAGGUUGGAGGAUACCGGGCUGGAUUAUUGAAAGAGCCUAAUAAGGUUUUUACUGAUUAGUAUCCCACCAUGUGGGCGACAAACCUGGUAGCCCUGCUCCUCCUGGCCACUUCGGCCUCAGCUGCCACCGCGGCUUCAGCAGACAAGGUCCUGAGUAACCAUGCCACCAUCCUUGCGGACAACAGCGCAAAACUGGCUUUCAGUCUGUACCAAAACAUGGCUAAGGAGAAGAAUGUGGAAAACAUCCUCAUUUCCCCUGUAGUGGUGGCCUCCUGUCUGGGUCUGGUGGCUCUUGGGGGUAAAGCCUCGACUGCCUCCCAGGUGAAAACCGUUCUGAAUGCGGCAAAGGUUAAAGACGAGCAGCUGCACUCGGGUCUGUCUGAGCUCCUGACGGAGGUGAGCGACCCAAAGACCCGAAAUGUCACCUGGAAGAUUAGCAACCGCCUGUACGGACCCAGCUCUGUCACCUUUGUGGAUGCUUUUGUGAAGAGCAGCAAAAAGCACUAUAACUGCGACCACUCCAAGAUAAACUUCCGAGACAAGAAGAGCGCUGUGAACUCCAUCAACGAGUGGGCAGCCAAGUCUACCGAUGGCAAGCUGCCCGAAGUCACCAAGGACGUGGAGAAGACUGAUGGGGCAAUGAUCAUCAAUGCUAUGUUUUUCAAACCUCACUGGGAUGAGCAGUUCCAUCAUAAGAUGGUGGACAAUCGUGGAUUCAUGGUGUCCCGUGGCUACACUGUGUCAGUACAGAUGAUGCACCGCACAGGUCUCUAUGACUUCUAUGAUGACAAAACCAAUAAGCUGAUCAUCAUGAGCAUGCCCCUGGCCCAUAAGAAGUCCACUGUGGUGUUCAUCAUGCCCCACCAUGUGGAAACCCUGGAGAGGCUGGAGAAGCUGCUGACCAAGGAGCAGCUCGAUAAGUGGAUGGGCAAGAUGCAGAAGACUGCAGUAGCCGUGUCUCUGCCCAAAGUCAGCAUGGAAGUCAGUCACAACCUGCAGAAACACCUCGGGGAGUUGGGCCUGACAGAGGCGGUGGACAAAUCCAAAGCGGACCUGUCCAACAUCUCUGGGAAGAAGGACCUCUACCUGUCCAGCGUAUUCCACGCCUCCGCCAUGGAAUGGGACACCGACGGAAACGAAAUCGACACCAGCGUCUUCGGCACAGACAAGCUGAAAAACCCUAAGCUGUUCUACGCCGACCACCCUUUCAUCUUCCUCGUGAAAGACCAGAAGACUAACUCCAUCCUGUUCAUUGGCAGGAUGGUCAGACCGAAGGGCGAAAAGAUGAGAGAUGAAUUGUAACCGCGUGUUGACCUGAGCAGCUAAAAAGUUAAAUCCCCUUACUGUACGUGCGACUGUAUAUUUUCUCCUGCAUCGGGCCGGGAGGAGUGAGAAGUGAAACGUUCAUUUGAACAAGUGCAAGUGCAUUCCUUAACGUUACAUGCCAGCCGCACACAAUACAUUCCACUACAUGACUGAAAAAAAAAAAUGUGUUUAAACAUUUUGUCCUAGUGAGCAAAGCAUUGUGCACAGCCGUCAUGUUUAUCUUGAAGACUAUUUGAUAUAACUACGUGGCUUUUCUUUAUGUAUUGGCAGAUCAAAUUAUGGACUGAAGACUUACAUUAAGUAUGCUUUCCAUGGUUCUCAGGAGAACCAGAAUACCUCUGUAACAUCAUCAUUAGUGUCAGCACAGUCAUUUCUGUUGUUAAGUCUUAACCAUAUUUGUAAAAAAAAAAAAAAAAAAAAGGUGUUCAACAAUCUUAUUUUUGGAGAGAUUUCAUGGUGCUUGCUGUUUAAUUUAACACAUUGUAUUUUAGUUUAUCAAGUAUGGCUACAUUGUAUUGGUUAAUUCCAAGGAUCUGCCUAUUCUUUGCACUGCUUUCUACCACAAGCACAUUUUUUUAACCUGCCUUGCUUUUUAUUGAUCUACCAUGAAUGCACUGGUGAAACACUGGCAAACAAACCAAAUUAUGGCUGGUUCAAUGAGGACUGUCUUGUUAACAACGUGUGCUCACACGUUUUUUUGCAAUUACAAAAUAUAAAUGUGACAGGUUUUUUUUUUGUAAUAAAGUUCUGAAAGAAAACCUAAAA